ACAAACCACACUCUCAUAUCAUUAUUCAUGUCAGUGGCAGCUCCGCAAACUUACGGCGGCGACGAAGUCGCUGCGAUCGUGCUUGAUCCCGGCUCCCACACAACGCGUGCGGGCUAUGCCGGACUCGACACGCCGUCCAUCAUCAUCCCUUCCACAGUGGCCUCUGAUGGUCGCGCACGCUACUUUGGCGACGCAGUGUACUAUCCACGUGCGGACUGCGAAGUCACGAGCCUCUACCGCGACUCGGUGGUUCAAGACUGGGACGCAGUUACUAGCCAGUGGGAACACAUUUUCCGCAGCAUGCACGUGGCAGACUUCCAGGAGCACCCCUUGAUGGUAACAGAGCCGGUCUGGAACGACAAAGCCAACCGGCUUAAGACCAUGGAGGUGGCGUUAGAGCACUUUGGCUUUGCGGGGACCUACCUUGUGAAGACACCGUCUGCUGUGUCGUUUGCGCACGGGCGUCCCUCGUGUUUGGUUGUCGACAUUGGUGCCGACACCACCAGCGUCACGGCCGUUGUUGACGGUUUGUCGUUGGUGAAAAGCACAAUGCGCACCCAUUACGCGGGCGGGUUUAUUUCCGCACAGGUACGCGGCUGGUUUCCCGAUACGACGCCGCAAUUCCGCGUCGCAUCGAAAACGCCCACCAGCGGCGACGCCGCACCCAUCUGGACCCCCAGACUGUUUGAUUUUCCCAUCACCCAGAGCUUUGACGCGUAUCAGACGGAGAAAAUCAUCGAAGAGGCCAAGGAGACGUGUUUACAGACUCGUUCGCUCGGUAAGGAGGAAGUGCCAGUGUACGACGCGCGCGCGUUCGAGCUUCCCAACGGGCACUCUGUAACGCUCGACGCCGCGCGCUACAAGGCAGUUGAUGCGAUUUUUACCCCGGCAGAUUAUUUGACCGAUGGAUUUGUGCUUGAGACCGGUGAGCCCGAGUUGAAGGGCAACGAUUACAAGCCGUUGAAGCGCAAGCGGAAAGAGGAAGACACGCCACAGCCAGAGGAGACGCCGCAGCCGCGUGACGUGAGCGUUCGCGGGUUGUCGGACUUGGUUUCCGCAGCCUUGUCGCUUAUUGAUAUCGAUAUCCGCUCGCAGUUGGCGCAUAAUAUUGUGGUGACGGGUGCGUCGUCGCUUAUUCCCGGGCUCACCGAGCGUUUACACAACGAUCUCGUAGUGCAGCAUCCGGGGUUGAAGGUUCGCUUGCACUGCGCGGGGAAUGUGAUGGAGCGGAAGUAUCUGUCAUGGAUUGGGGGGAACGUGUUGGCGAGUUUGGGCACGUUCCACCAGAUGUGGGUUUCGAAGCGGGAGUGGGAGGAAGAGGGCGAGCGGUUCCUAUCAGACCUACCAGGAUGCACUCUCGUUCUCCAGAACAUCCCAGUGAACUCUCUCUUUGGAAUUAACUUUCUGUUCUUCACCAAUACCGAGACGUCCCAGCUCCGCGGGAUCAAGAACAUCCCCGUAGGCACCUGCUUUUUCCACCUCUCGCUUGACGGUGGUAACUCCAUUCGCCAUGGGUUUGUCUUUGACUCAUCGGAUAUCAAAAACAAAAUCUUGAUGCUCACAUGGGACAGCGAGGCAGAAACGUUGGUUCCCAACGGCCGAGACUUUGACGCACAGGUCAACCAAAUCUGGCUGUCAUACCCCUUCAUGAUCAACUACGAGCAAGCCUCAGAAGGCAAACCUGUGGAUAAGGCCCUUACGUCCUAUAUAGACCAACAGGUGCUUUCGAGACUCUUGCCCACGGGCAAGCACGGCCACCCUAUGAGUAGUCUCUUCGCGUCCAAGCAAGAGAACCGAGUGCUAUCGGAAGCCCUCAUUCAGUCGGCAAGAGAUAGGGUGUUGAAGAGACUUCGUCGGACAGAUGGUGCUAUAGAAGUAGAUGUGGAGUUGGAAAUUGGAAAAGACCCGAUUAUCCGGUCUCUCACCAAGGAAACGGCCCAUGAGUUAGACAUGUGUGUGAUUGACUUCAAAGCCGUGAGGCCACAUGCCACCCCAGCUCAGAUAACCCUGGACGCAAUGGACAAGUCGUGGUACCUCACUGAGUGUUUGGUGAAUCAGCACUACGGUGGAAACUACAAGUACUUUCUCGGGGAGUUCCAGGUGUGCUUUAACCUCAUGGUGUUAUACUCCAACUAUUGUGCCUACUUGCAAUGGCUAAACAUUCUCAAAGUAAUGGCAAUAUCCGGGACGCUUGUCUCUGAUGCCAAGGGCUCCAUGCCGAUGUUGGUUGUGGAGUUUUUAGAGAUUUUGAGGGCUCAGUUGCUGGUUUUGCCAGUCGGUUACCUUGUGAAAGACAAUGGUAUGGCUACCCUGGAGUCGUUGAUCAACUACGCUGAGUUUGUAAAAAUUUUUAAGGAGUUGUAUCGAAAUGUUGUCGACGGUGGAAACUACACGUUUCUUGAGCUGAUCCAGCGGAUUAAGGGCAUGUUGGUUGCCAAGUUUGGCGCCCGAGAGCUCGAUUCGGUGUCGCUGGAUCUGGAUGACGAAGAUGGGCCAGUGGUGGUGGAAAUGUAAUCGAUAUUCGGCACAGAUUGUUGGUUUCAAGUGUCAAGGUCCGUAACCAUUCCAAAGCUCAACUCUGGCACCUGUAAAGGCAGGGAUGAAAAUCCGAAGAAAUAGCUUACUUUACUAGCCAGGUUCCAGUGAAUAGAGGAAAGGGUGGUCAGGAGAGUAAUAUGGCCGGAAGAUCAUUCAUCGUGCGCCCUCGUACCUGUUUUGAGCUAACCUCUUGUACCUCAAUUCUACGUGACUCGAGUUGUUCAUUUACAAUGCAUACGUGGCAGAUAUGCUAUAGUUGAGAUAUGCAUAUUGGGCUUGUUUGGAGGCACCCCUUCUUCUACUCCUCCACGUUUUAGAAAUUAUGCGAUUGAUUUUUUUUGCUGUACGUUCGCACUGUCAUAGGCUGGCAGUUAAUUAUGAGUUUCCAUAGUUUUAGCUGUAUGGCUGUUAAUAGGAAGUAGGAAAUG